CCCGGGACUAGUCUUGUCUGGGUUGACAUGUCCGUUUUGGUCGAGGCGAAGAAGCAGCCGGGCUUCUUCAGAGACACGCCACGUGGCUGGGUGUGGAUACAACCAAUCAAUCCGCGGGGACGAGUCUUUGCAAGUCGGGAUGAGAAAUUGGCGGUCACUUUUUCUCGAUCGUCUUUGCCUGCCUCGAUGGGUGUGUGUGUGGGACAGUGUGAUCCUGGUCAUUUUUUUGUGGCAGGGCUGGUGGACGUUUGUUAUGCGGUUCUUCGUUUUGCCCACGUGGGUGGGUUGUGUCUUGGUUGCUUGGACUAAGGCGCUGUCUGCAGUUUGCGAAUCGACAAGGCUACUUGAUGUAUUUCCCCUUCGACCAUACUUGAUCCGCCAUCAUCUAGG